AUGAAAGAACGAUUUUUAAUCUUGUUUCUAUUCAUAGUAGUAACAGGGUUUAUCUAGCAAGCACCACAAGUUAGUGGAUAGUAGUCUGGAAGUUCAUCUAGCCAGUCCAUGUGUGGCUAAGAAGAACAACCAGUAUACUUAAAAGAUUCGUGUAGAAUUCUUUUUAGUGAUCAUAAUGUAUAGUGCAGUUAGGACAUCGAUCCAAGCAGGAGAAAUGGAAAUUAUUUUCAGCAAGGGCGAAUAGUAAAUGGAAAAAAUGGAUAAGGGUGCAGUAGUGGCCACUAUGUUAUUAAGCAAUAAGGCCAAACUCUAAAUAGCAAUGUUAAUUCCAUAAUUUUGAACUAAAAUUAGUUUCCGAUUACACCUUAUAUAUAGCAAAUAUCAAACAAAUAGCAUUGCUAAGAAUUCUUCGAAAAAGCAGCGUAUGUCUACUAGGAUGAUUGCGAAAUCCUUCAAUCAAAUACAAUACAAGUUAAUUUGGAUGAUCAUUUCUAUAUAAAUUCCAAUAAAGACUUUUCAUUCAUUGAGGUUAUGAGUGAUAUACAGUUUCCAUCACAUUCUUCUUGCACUUCGUCAGCAGGUUGCUCUUCUUAAGCACAAUCAAGUACUACGUCAGAAUAAAGAAGAGAUAUUCCCUCUGAUAAAUCUAAUACAAAUUCUAAUCUUUUAUUUAAUAGACUCUUUAGCUCAUGGAAUCAAGUCAUUUCAGAAGAAAUUCACACAUUAAUUGAAACUUAAGGAGAAAUAAAAAUUUAUAAUCACAGCACAGAUUAUGUUCUGUAUAUCUUAGAUAUUAUACAAGACUCUAACAUUAUAACAAUCCCUGAGAAAAAAUAAGAUAUUUAUUAAAAUAAAGAGCGUGUGAUAAAAUUUUAUGUGAUACCUGAGGAAACAGGAGCAAAUCAAGAAAUAAAUUUAUAUUUUAAAGUAAGAUUUUACGACAACAGGCUUAUGAAACCAGUUUCUUAAAGAACUGUGAUGUACACAAUAACUCUUGCAAAUGUAAAACAUAAUGUUUUUGGGAUAAAACCUAUCAAUUUAGGAAAAGUUAUUUAAGGAUAAAUUUCUCAAUAAUAAUUAUCAUUAAUUAACCCUUUUCAACAAGAUUUGAUUAUAAGUGAAAUCCAGUUUCUAAAAAAGUACCUCUUUUUAUCAGAAAGUUUAGAUGAAUUUCUUCAAAGUGAAAGAAAUCACAUUAUUUAAUCUAAAGAUCUCUAAAAUAAGUAAAAAUGGAUUCUAAAAUAAAACGAAAAUUCUCAUAUCAUUGACAUAUUUGCCUAUCAAAACUAGACUGGAUCUUUUACAGAUUAUAUUAAAAUAUUCUAUGAGCAUUCAUAAAUUGUUAUUUAAAUUCCAAUACACUUUAGAAUUAUAACAAACUCAAUUUCUUUCAAAAAUAAUUUUUUAUUCAUGGGUGUGAUCUCUAGCCGCUAGGGAUAUAAUAGUAGAAGUAUUAUCAUUGAAAAUAAUAGUGGUGUUGCAGUAGAGAUUUUAGAUAUCAUAGUGCAUUUUAAAAAUAAUUAUAGCUGCUUAUAGGCAGAAGCUGUGUUGGAUUUUGAUGAAUAAAAGUAAAGAUAAACCUCUAGUAGUUAAAUCUAUCCCUUCUUAGAAUAUUCUAAAGUAGGUUGUAUAUAAUAAAAUAAGAAACUAGUAAUUAGGGCGUUUGAGUAAAACAAAAAAAUAGGUGUUUUAAAAAUAUUUCCUAAAUUUUAAGACUUAAAUACUUAAUAAAAAAUUUUUGAAGGGCGCAUUUAAAUUGUGACAAAUAUUACUAAUUUCGAUAUUGAAUAGGAAUUUAAGUUUUAUCGUCAUGAGUAGUUGAUUAAUUACACUUCUACUCAAACCAGUUUUAAAGUUGCAAUAAAACCAGAAGAUACAGUUAACUAAUAAACUUAUAUUCCAUCUACAAAAGUACCUUCUGAAAAAAGGGUUUUAGAAAUAGUUAACACUUUUUCUUCUUAAAUUAAAUUAACUGGUUUAAUUAAACCUCCAGUCACUAAUGGCUUUGACUUUGACAAGAAUAUCCUUAUUUCUGAUUUCUAAAAAGUUAAAAUUGAUGUUGGAGAAAAGAAAUCAAUCUUUAAUUUUUAAUUGAUAGGGAACACAUAAAAAGUUGAUACAUACAUUCUUUUAGAAUUUAAUCAUAACUUCGUAAUUCCAGUAUUCUUUAAAAUUUACAACAUGCAUCUUCUAUGUUCAAUAAACUCAAUACCAGACUAUUUUGACUGUACUGAACUAAGCUAACACGAAUUAAUUAAAUUUGGCAAUAAAGCAAUAAAUAAAACAGCUAUUUAAGAAUUUAGAUUAAAAAAUGAUAAUCCCGAAGUUGUCACUCUUUAUGGAAUAUAUAAAUUACAAUCUCCAAUCAACAUUAUACUCAAAAAGCAAAUUAACUAUUAAGGUUAAGUUUAGUAACAAACUUAAAACAGGGUGAUUGUUGAAACAAAUAAAAAGACUCCUUUAAUGUAUGUUGGUCCUUAUGAUGAAGCAAUUUUUACUAUAGAAUUAAAUACACAAAACAUAGUUAAAAGCUACAACGAUUUAAUUCAGACUUAAACUAAUUAUGAAUAAUUUUCAUUUUUAAUGGAAUAUAACGUAGUUGAUGGAGAUACAGAACUGAUUCCUCCAAAUAUUCAUUUCAAACGUUUAAUUAACGAAUUGGAUUAACCUUAAGUAGUCUAUAUUAAAAAUACUUAUGAUGUAGCUCUGAAAGUAGUUGACUUCUAAGUAAGUGAUCCUAGAUUUUAAAUUUUAAGCUACACCAGAACUAUUCCAGCUAAGUCAACAAAAUAACUACUUACUUUGGUCUUCAAUAGAACAUUCGGAUAUGGUUAAAAUAUAAAACCAACAAAUGACGAUAAUUUCAUCAGUAUUGAAGACAUGAUUAUGUGGAAUGUUACCUAAAGUAUGCUUUAAAAUGCUGAGAAAAACAUUUUGAGUGCUGAUGUUAUAGUUAAUUUUGAUAUUAAGAAUAUUUUUAUCAGUGCAACUGCAGAAGUUUAAUAGCUAAAAUUAAUUAAUGAGUAAGUAAUAGAUUUCAAUAACACAGAAACUAAUUAGUUCUAUACUAAAUCUCUAACAUUCUUUAAUCCUUUAGAUAUUCCUGUUUCCUUCUAACUCUAUUUAGCUCCUCAAAAUAUCUCAACACCUGAAAAUUAUAUCAGCAAACAAACGUAAUUCUAGCAGGAAGUAGAGUUCCUCUUUGUGGUACCAUAGGAUAGUUUACAAAAUAGCCCUAUUAUUAAGGAAGUUUAUGAUAAUUUAUCUAUCUUUUUCACUAACAGAGGUGCUGAGCAACUAACAGAAAUACAGCACCAAGAUGUUGUCAAAAUAUUAUCUAAUAAUCCAGACUUCGACAGAUCAUAAGAAAAAGAUUUAAUCCAUUGCUCUGAGGUGAUAAAAUAAUAUUAAAAAUACUUCGAAGAGCUUGAAGCCUAGGAAUAACAAUUCUAGAAUAACAACUAAGGAGAUAAUAAGAGCAGUAGUAAUAACAACAAAAUCAGUUAAAGUGGAAAUUAUAUCUGCAAAAAGGGUCUUGUUACACAAAAAAUAAACAAUUACUUGAUCAAAAUAGAAUUCAACAAAUAAUUAGCAGAUUUUUAUAAUGAUCCUUAGAGGCACAUUCAAAAGAUUAAAAACACAAUUAUUCAAAUUUAAUCUUUGAAGCGAGAAGUUGUAGAAAUUACAACAACUACACGCAAUAGACCUUCUCUUUUCAACUAUAACAUAAAGACAGAUAAAGGAUUGUGGGAAAAAAUUAAAUACUUUUUAAGCUUUGGUAUAUCUUUUAAUUAGAACUCUGCUGAAAAUACUGUAGCUGAAUGGUAAUCAUAGCUUCAUAAUUUCAAUAAUGAAUGGUAAUAUUCAUAUAACAAUGCACAAAAGAAUAAUGAUGUAUUAAGCUAAUAAUAAUUCUUCUUAAGUAGCGAGGUGCUAAAUAAAACACUGGUAUUACAACCUAAACAAACUCUUGAGAUCAAUUCUUUGAUUUAUUUACCAAAAUAUGGAUAAACUUAGAAUAAUUUGAUAAUAAAAAGUAACGCAAGUGGUAUCGAUAUUAUCCCUAUUAGAGGCAGAAGUGGGGUUGGUUAAAUUAAAUUGACAGAAAUUAAAAAUAUGUCUCCUUUACUUUUUUCUUAGCUUUAAAGCCAAAAAAAUAAAUCAGAUGAUGAAAUUAAAUAUAGAGAAUUCAUUUAAGAUAAUAUAAAUAAUGAUGUUUUCCUGUAUGCAUUGACUUAAGAAGAGUUAGAUGGAGCGCAAAAGCAUAAGGUAGAUAGUAUGAAGAAUUUUGUUAUCAAAAAUAUAGGCUAGUAUCCUAUUAGUAUUAAAAAUAUUUUUAUUGAGAGUCAGCCAUGUGCAGCAUAUGGGUUUUUUAUAUUGGGAUGUAGUUGUUCCUUUAAACUUGAACCUUAAUAAGAGAGAACAAUAACUAUUGGUUAUAAAACUGACUAUCCAUAUGAUACCUUGGAGAAGAAUAUUUAUUUCUACACUUAAACAUACCAUAUCAAAUUUAAAUUAAGAGCUUAAUUUUAUCAUAAGCCUACUUACAAUCCUGAAGCUUCUCCUGGCACUUAUACAAUCAUACAUCCAAUGGUAAAUAAGAAGCUAGCUGAUAACAUCAUAGAAAUAUUCAAUGAAAAUAAUGAAAGUAUCUUUGGUAAUUAGGAUAUUUCAAAUGAAAAUAAUGAAAAACUACUUAGCAUUUUCUUAGAAAAUAUUGAAAAAGCAACAGUUGCAGCUCAUAAAAGUUUCGAAAUACGUGAAGAUGUUUUGGAAUAAGCCAAGCAUUAUCUGAUAACUAAUACCUAAAUCAAUCGUCAUGAAAUAGCAAGCAAAGUUAAUGCAAAUUAUUAUUUUAAUUAUUUUAUAAUUACCAUAAUUUUUAUGACUUUGAUAUUUUUCUUCUACACCUUUAUUUCGUUCUUAUUCUAAGAAAUUCUCAGCCUAAAUAGUAAGAAGAAUAAAUAUGAAUUUUCUCAAUCUUCUAAAGCAUAAACAGCUAAUUAAUCUUAACAAUCUCAGCAAAACAAAAAUAAUUAAUCAAAUUCAAGCAAUUUAAAGAUUAAAAAAAACUCAGGCUAACAGAUAAAUGUAGCUGAUUAAGCCUAAGAUUAAAUUAGUUAUGACAUAUCAUAAUUUAUUAAAUAAAAUAAAUUAGAUCCUUCAAUAUUAAGCUAUAAAGCAGAACUUUAAAAGAUAAAAGAAUUUUAAGAAAAGUAAUAAUUAGAAAUUCGACUUUAAAAGCAAAAAUAAUUGCAACAAAGAAAAAAUAAAGAAAGAACUCUUGAAGAAUUAAAACAAAAUUAGGUCUAAUAAUUUUAUCAAAAUUAAAAAGAUAAUUAAAAAGACUAUUUUAACAAUAAUUCUGAUAAGGAAGAUGAUGGAUUAGAAGAAGAUGAGGAAAUCGACUGCAUUAAGACUACAAACAAAAAUAAACAAAUUGAUAAUAAAUCUAAUUAACACUAAUAAAAUACAAAUCUAACAAAUAAUUAAACUUAGAGAUUUGAGAAAGAGGAUUUGCAAAACGUAAAAUCCAGGGAUUAGUAAUAACAACAUAUGAUUUAACAGUAAUUAAAUGGAUUACAACACUAGUAGGGGCUUUAAUCAUAGAUAUAAUAGUAGGUUUAACAACAAUAAUAAUAUUAGGUUUAGGAAUAGCAAUAAAGCACAACUCAGACUACUCAAGAAGAUUAGUAGAUAAGCUCUUAACAACAAACUUCUUCAUAGUAAAGUAAACCAAAUAUUUAGAAGAAGUAACAAAAAGACAAACACAAGAAAACAAAGAGGGAAAAAGAAAGGGAGAAAGUUGUGAUUAUCACCAGAGAGAACGAAAAUAACUCAAAACCUCACUCAUUAGAUAAUAAUGAAUCCUCAUUGCAAAAUGGCCAAAAUAAAUAAGAAAACGAAAACUCUGAUGAGGAAGAAUAUGAUGAAGAUAUUGCAGUGAUAAGAAAAAACUCAAACAAGUCUUCUUCAUCUGCUACUGCCACAAACGCUAGUAUGAAUAACUCUCAUGCAAAUUUUGAAACUAGAAAAUCUUCUGGAUCAAAUCCAACUUCUUCUUAACAGAACUAGUCAAACAGAGUUAAAGACGAAAGCAUUUAAAAAGAGAUAGAAGAGUUGUAUAUGAGACAACAAAAAAUUAAGUACGAGUAGAAGUCUCAAUAAUAAUAGUAAAAACAAUAACAAUAGCUGUAGUAAAAGCAACAACAAAGUAAAGCUAACUAAAAAUAAUAGGUGCAAUAAAGUAGAUAGGGUUUUACUGACAAUAAAGUAGGUAAAAUGUCAAAUUACUAAUCUGAGUAACAAUCUUAAUAAUAGUAAGUCAUGCAAGCUACAUAGAAGAUUGCUGAUGAUUUAAUGAAUUAAUGGGGUGGAUAGAAUUAAGCUGCACAAAAGAGAAAAAAAUCAGAAAAUUUCAUUGUUGAUGAUUUCCAUUAAGCGAAUGAAAUUGGCCUUCAAAACUCUAAUCAAGCUAAUUCCUAUCAAUUCGGAUAACAGUAGCAAAUGCAAAAAAAGGCAUUCCUUGUCCAUGACCAUAUUAGUAGCUGUGGAGAGGAUGAUGAUAACAAUCCUGCUUCUUCUAGUAAUAUUCGCAAGAAGAAAAUUUCUAAGGCAAGCUAAGAUAUUAUAACUUAAUUCCCUUAAAUUCAAUAACUUGUUGACUAAAGCAACAAAAGCUAGUACUAAUAAUAUUAGCAGUAGACAACUCCUAGUAAGCCAGCAAAGAUGCAAGAUGAUAAAUAACAACUAAAUUAGUUUUCUGCAAUUUAGUAAAAGAAAGAUGAUCAAUUCAAUAAUUAAAAUGACUUUUAAGAACUAGAUUAUAUGGAUAACCCUUUGCUUAUGACAUUAACUGCUAGUUACAAUAGUAGCAGUAGCAUCAACCAUACAUUUAAUAUCCUUUAGAAUAACUAAAAGUUAUUGUAAUAAUAAAAUGUUGAUUAAACUGCUAAAAAUAUGGAAGACCAUAACCCUUCUGGUGUUGCUGAGAAGAAAGAAUAAUAAACUCAUGAAGAUGAAGAGGAAUUUGAUGAAAACCAAAGUAAAUCAAAUGAUUUAAAUAACAAGAGUAGUGAGAGUAGUCAACUUUCUAGUGGUGAUAGUUUAUCUGAGGAAGAUAUCGAUAAUUUCAAGAGAUCGAAUGAACACAUUAAGGCUAUUGGCUUUACUCGCCUAGGUUAAUUACAAGGUAGCUUCUUAGGAAACGAUGACGAUAACAACAGUACUUAUAGUAAUAACAAUAACUCCUUGAAGAAUUCUUAGAAUUUCACAAAAGAUACAAAUGUGCAAGUUAAUUAAUUAUAGAGCUAAAACAGUAUCACCAGCUAAGGCAACCUAAAUACUCAGAUAAAAGACCCAUUCAAUAGUAGCACUGCAAAUACUUACAUCCCCAACUAAAUCUAAACUACUUAGAAUUCAAAUCAAAAUGAACCUUAUAGAAACAUUUUCAAUUAUUAAUCAGAAAGCAGUGACGAUGAUAAUUCUUAACCCAUUCAAAGAAGAUACUAUAACGUUUUCUCUUAGCCUACAUUAAUUUACCCCAUUAAUUUACUUAGUUAAAAUAAUGCUGUAGAUAUGUCAAGUUCAGUUGAUCCAGUUGGUGUAGAAAGUAGCUUUAGCUCAGACACACAAUAACUUAAUUUAGGAGGAGUGCUAACUCACAAUAGAGCAAAUUCUAGCUAAUUCAGCCCUAGCCAAUCUUAGAAUUUCUAACAAACUAUUGGUACUUCAAUAUUAAAUAACCCUCCUAACAAUAGAAACUUUGUCCCUUAUGCUAGUAAUAGUACAAAUUUAUCAGGUUCAUAAACAUUAAUUGAAUCAAACAAUAUCCAUCUCUUUAAUAAUCCUGGUACAAGUUUUAAUCCCAACUCUUCUUAAAACCUUUACUUAAGUAAUUAGAAAUACUCUAAUCCUCCACAAUAAUAAUCAGCUUCAAGCACAGUGCCUAACAAAGAUUCUGAGUCUGAAUUCUUUUCAGAUGAGUAGCCAUUAUGUAAUCCUACUUUAUUAUCAACAAACUAAUCUUAAGAAAAAAAUGAAAUUACAGUUUCUAAUCGCUAGCAAAACACCCAAUAGCAAAGAAGUAAUACAUCAUUUAAUUUCCCUCAUAUGGCUAACUCACGUAAUCCCUACCCAACUAGUGGAAAUAUCAGUAAAAAAAUGCCUUUGAAGUCUUCAGCUAAUGAACUGGAUGAAGGAAAUCCUUCUGUAAUUUAAUAGUAGCCAUUCAACUUCUAAAAACAAUUCCCAUAGUAAGGAUUUGUGAAUACUACUAAUACUAAGCCUAUUUUAUCAAAUGCAGCAAUUAAAUUCCCAACCAUUGGUCCUCCUCCUGGAAUGUGCAUGGUCCCAGAUAAUUUGAAGGGUAGCAAAACUCUAAAUUCAAACCAGCCUGAAUAAUUUAAGACUACAGAGCUCAAAUUCGAUCUCUCAGCUCCUCCUGGACUGAUAGGAUAACCACCUAAAAAUAAUCAGUGA